CAGGGGUUCCAGACCUGGCAAGAAUGUACAACUUACUGAAGCAGAAAUCAGGGGUCUCGCAAUAAAGUCUCGAGAAAUUUUUCUCAGACAGCCUAUUCUUUUGGAGUUAGAGGCACCACUCAAAAUAUGUGGAGAUAUCCAUGGGCAAUAUUACGAUCUGCUACGCUUAUUCGAAUAUGGGAGCUUUCCUCCUGAUUCUAAUUAUCUAUUCCUCGGAGACUAUGUUGACCGUGGCAAGCAAUCUCUGGAGACUAUAUGUCUUCUACUAGCAUACAAAAUAAAAUAUCCCGAAAAUUUCUUUUUACUUAGAGGCAACCAUGAAUGUGCUUCCAUUAACAGGAUAUAUGGGUUUUAUGACGAAUGUUGGUUGCAUUUUUUGUUUAUAAUUUGUAGGUAUAACAUCAAACUCUGGAAGACAUUCACCGAUUGUUUUAAUUGCCUACCAAUUGUUGCGAUCGUUGAUGAAAAGAUAUUUUGUUGUCACGGUGGACUCUCCCCGGACUUGCUAUCUAUGGAGCAGAUUAGGCGUAUCAUGAGACCAACGGAUGUUCCGGAACAGGGGCUCUUGUGCGAUUUGUUAUGGUCAGAUCCGGAUAAGGAGAUAACUGGUUGGGGUGAAAAUGACCGGGGUGUUAGUUAUACCUUUAGCGCGGAAAUUGUGGCAAAGUUUCUCCAGAAGCAUGACAUGGAUUUAGUUUGCAGAGCACAUCAAGUUGUGGAAGAUGGUUAUGAAUUUUUCGCAAAGCGCCAGUUAGUAACACUCUUCUCAGCGCCGAAUUAUUGUGGCGAAUUUGACAAUGCCGGUGCCAUGAUGUCAGUAGACGAAACUCUCAUAUGCUCUUUCCAGAUUCUAAAACCUGCUGAUAAGAAAAAAUUUCCUUUCGUCUCUCUCAAUCCUGGUUGGCCUAUUACACCUCCUCGAAAUUUAAAGUAUUUAUAA